AUGACAUCCCAAUUUGAUCAUUUGAGUUAUGUGUUUCCAACUGAACCUGAAUAUUCAACAGGUUUCAUGGAGGAAAAUAGUUUAGAUGUUUCAUUUAGAACUACCCUAGCUUUGCCGUAUGAUAAUGGUGCUAUUAAUUUCGAACCAGUUAAUGACGACUCAGAUGGUCUUAAUGUACUAGAAAAUAUUUUCAAUACUGAUACAUUAUUCCUACAAACCAAUAGUAGUAAUAAUAGUAUCUAUAGUAACAAUAUUGUUCCGGAAGAAAAUAAUCAAUUUGAUAUUAACAAAGAGAUCGAAGAGGCAGCAAGAAUCGUUGACCAAGAGUGCAGACUUGAAGAGACUGAAGAAGAGGCUGCUUUAUCUUCGACAAUUGCUUCAUCGUCACUAUCUGUACAACAGCAACAUAAUGUUGCUGAAGAAAAUGAAGUUCCAACUCAAUAUGUUUCUGCUGCAGAUUUAAUAAUAAAAUCUGUUGAAGAUGCCAUACAACAAUUUGAUGCUAAACAGGCUGCUCAAAUUCUGGAGCAUGAAGAUGAACAGCAACAACCAGAGUGUUCAUCAGAGGAGCACCCAACGAGAAGUGUAUAUAUCCUAAAUUUGGUAAACAAUAGAGGUGAAAAAGCUGAUGCCAAACAGGAAAAACCAGUUGAAUGUCCUGAUUGUAAAAGAACGUGCCAAAGUGAAGCUCAUCUUGAUAGACAUGCCGAUACUGUACAUUCAGAGGAAAGGCCAUGGGCUUGUCCAGAUUGUACAAAAAGGUUUAAAAGAAAGGAUCAUCUUGUUAAACAUGGUCUAAGAUUACAUCAUUGGAGUAUCACACAAAUAAAAGGUUUAAAAACUCCAAAAGAAGUCCUAGAAAAGAAAAGGAGAAGAAAAGAGAAAAGAAUGGCUUUAAAAAAAAAACUACUGUCAAAAACCAGAUAA